AUGUCGAAAAACAAUUCCACAACGUCUUUGAACUUGGAUUUUAAAGAAUUAAAUGUUCUUGUGUGCAGAGAAAUUGCACGAGGAAAAUUUCUUGCAGUACCAAACUCAAUGUCUGACCACCAUUCACACCUCUCAACUACUCAACAAGAUCAGGAUUACAAUAUUUAUGUUUGUGGAGGAAUUGAUCGAAAUGCUUCCAUUGCUUCUGAAAUUGAAUCCUUGUACCGUGUGAAUGCCAUCAAUAAUUCUGAUAUUACAAAAGAAAUAUAUUUGAUCCAGAAUUAUACUCUGAUUCGAGAAUGCACCAUUUCAUCAAAUUUUGACGAUAUCGAGUUUGGGAAUAGUAUAACUUUUGGAUCUCAUUUGUAUAAUUACAAAUAUGGAACAUUGAAGAGAUUGGUACACAACAAAAUUCCAAUUCAUCUUCUUGUUUCGAAUGCUGUUCUGGGAAAUUCCGUGCGACCAUUCCUUCAUUGUUAUGUCAAUGAAAAAGAUGGAAGAAAGAUGGGAGUAUUUGUUGCCAACAACCGAUUGUUGUAUUUACUUAAUUUGGAUUAUAUGAAUCCUAGGUUUUGCUUUCGUUUUGCAGACACAACGAUGAAGGAUCAAUUACGAACGCUGUGUGACAUUACAAUACGAACAGGAGCAGCAUCAUUGGAACAUUAUGUGGUUGACAAGCAGUUGGGAAUGCUUCCUCAACAAGUACAUGCUCAACCAGGCAAUGCUCAACACGGAACAAAUGGAAAGAAAAGAAAGAGUACUAAUAAGAACGAUUGUGAGUUGCAAUAA